AUGGUGCAGUUCGUGGAUGACGCUGGCACUGCCCCCGGCAGUGCUGCGUCAACGCAACUUCCUCAAAACAACCAACCACAGCCACAGACCAACCCGCAAGAGCACAGUCUUCACUGCAUCAUGGAUCGCAUGCAGAUGCUACACGACCAGCAACUGCAAACAUUCAUGCACCUCCACCACCAAUCUACACAGCUGAUCGGGCACGUCAUAAAUCAGCAACAGCAGCUGAUUCAGCAAAGCGUUUGCGUGCUGCAAAACCAAGAAGCCAACAUCCAGCAGCUCCGCCACAUGAUCCGCCAACUCCUUUGGAUGAUGACAGGAACCUGGAGCUGA